AUGGCCGAAGAACAGAAGCCCGUUGAGGUCCCCACGGAGACCAUCUCCACUGAGCCAGCUACCGAGACGAAGGUCGAGGAGACCCCGGCUACUGCUGCCGAGGCCACCGAGGCCGCGGCCCCGGCUGCGGAAACCAGCGCUGGCACCGAGGCUGCGCCCGCCGAGGAGGCCGCCAAGAAGGAGGAUGAGGUGACCCCAAUCGAGGCAGGCAGCCUCGAGCACAAGGGCUCAAAUUUCCCCAAGAACAUUCUCUACUCGAAGAAGAAUUUCUGGUUCGGAUCCGAACCAGUUGACACCAAGGUCCUGACCUCGUUCAAGGCUGAUAAGGCUGUCACUGUCGCUCAUCACAUCGCCGCUUGGGCCUCCGAGACUGGCAAGGGCCUGUUCUUCUUCGGCGAGCGGUCUGACAAGACUGCCCCCCAGGGCGCAAUUCACCUGGCCGAAGCAUCUGAUCCCGUCCCCGAGGGAGCCAACAAGUUUCACUUCAGCGCCAAGGGUCUCAAGCACACUUUCAAGGCUGCUAGCUCUACAGAGAGAGAUAACUGGGUUGGCCAGCUGAAGCUCAAGAUUGCCGAGGCCAAGGAGCUCGUGCCGAUUGUCACCGAGUCCGAGAAUUACAAGAAGACCAUCGAGAGCUUCAAGCCCGCUGCCAAGGAGAAGGCUCCUGCUGCUCCUGUGGCCGAGGCCGCGAAGGAAGAGACUGCCGCAGAGGCCGCUCCCAAGGACGCUGCUGAGACCCCAGCCGAGGAGGCUAAGGAGGACGACAAGAAGGAGGAACCCAAGAAGGAAGAGCCCAAGCGCCGCUCUGCUAGCCGCAAGAGGACCUCUAUCUUCGGCAAUCUUCUCGGCAACAAGAAGGAGGAGGAGAAGAAGGCUGCUGAGCCCGCCGAGGAAGCCAAGGCCGCUGAGUCCACCGAAGCACCCGUUGAGGCCAGCACUGCCGCUGCCGCGGAGGCAACUGUUGAGCCCAUUGAGGCUGCUCCCGAGGCCGUCGUCGCCGAUGCCGCUCCCGCGGCUGAGGCUGUGAAGGCUGAAGAGCCCAGGCCUGAGCUCAAGGCGACCAAGCGUGGCAGCAUUUUCGGCAGCUUCCUGAAGAAGAAGUCGGCUGAGCCUGAGGCGGCCCCAAGCGCUCCUGCUAAGGAUGCUCCCGCCGCUGCUGAGGCCGUUGCGGAGACUGCUCCUGUCAUCCCCGCUGUCGAAACCACUGAGCCUCUGUCUACCGAGGUCACCUCGGCCGACAAUGCUGCCGCUGAGACGGCUGAGCCUGCUGUCGCUGUUACCAACGGCGAGUCCAAGAAGGAGGUCCGCAGCGACAAGCGCAAGAGCUCGCUCCCAUUCGGCUUCGGCGCCAAGAAGGAGAAGUCGGCUACUUCUGAUGAAGAGACCGAGAAGCCCAAGUCGCCGUCGCCUUUCUCUAAGCUGCGCGCUACCAUCAAGGGCAAGGGCAAGGCCGACAAGCCUGCCGAGAAGGCUGACGAGAAGGCCGAGGACAAGCCAACUGAAGCCGAGGCCUCGAAGGAUGCUGAGCCCGCCAAGGAGGAGACUGCCGAGCCAGCUGAGGCCGUGGCGGUCACUGAGGCAGCUGUCCCUGCCGAGAAGCCCAUCGCCUCCACCCCCGUCAUCCAAGCUGCCGCGUAG